GCCGGAGCCGCGGGCAGCAUGGCCAGGGCGGCAGCCUCUUCGGCGCUGGAGGACUUGGACCUGAGCGCAGAGGAGGUCCAGCGGCUCACCUCGGCCUUCCGGGACCCGGAGUUCCGGCGAAUGUUCUCCGAGUACGCCGAGGAGCUCACGGACCCGGAGAACCGGCGGCGCUACGAGGCGGAGGUCACGGCGCUGGAGCGGGAGCGCGGCGUGGCCGUGCGGUUCGUGCACCCGGAGCCGGGCCACGUGCUGCGCACCAGCCUGGACGGGGCGCGGCGCGGCUUCGUGAACGUGUGCAGCAACCCGCUGGUGGGCGCGCCCCGCGGCCGGCCCGACGGCCAGUGGUCGCUGCCCUACAGCCUGGCGCCGGGCCGCGAGUACCUGGGGCGCCGCGGCGGCCGCUACACCGUCUACGACGUGGUCUUCCACCCGCGCGCGCUGGCGCUGGCCCGGCGCCACGAGCGCUUCCGCCGCAUGCUGGACGCCGCGGCCCUGGACGCCGUGGAGACGCAGUGCGGCGUGAAGCUGGACCGCACCAACGCCAGGACCCUCAAGAUCAAGUACAAGGGCACCCCGGAGGCCGCCGUGCUGCGCACGCCCCUGCCCGGGGCCGGCCCGGCGCGGCCCGACGGGGAGCCGGAGGGACCCCUCCCCGGCCUGCCCUACCCCUACCCGCCGCCGGCCCCGCGCCCGGCCGCCCGGGCCCCCGCGCCCGCCCCUCCGGCCGCCGGCCCGCCGCACGCACCCACCGAGCCCCGCUACAGCGUGGUGCAGCGCCACCACGUGGACCUGCAGGACUACCGCUGCGCCCGCGACUCGGCCCCCGGGCCCGUGCCCCACGAGCUGGUGGUCACCAUCGAGCUGCCGCUGCUGCGCUCGGCCGAGCAGGCGGCGCUGGAGGUGACGGGGCGGCUGCUGAGCUUGGACUCCAGGGCCCCCGACUACCGCCUGCGCCUCUCGCUCCCCUACCCCGUGGACGACGGCCGCGGCACGGCGCACUUCCACCGGGCCCGCCGGCAGCUGGUGGUCACGCUGCCCGUCGUGCGCCCCGCCCCGCGCCCCGCGCCGCCGGAAGAGCCUGCCCGCGCGCCCGGAACUGACGCACGGGGCCCGGAGGAGAAGGAGCAGGAGGAAGAGGAGGAGCAGAGGGGGGAGCAGGAGGAGCAGCAGCGGGAGGAGCGUGGGGAGCAGCGGGGGGAGCAGGAGCAGCGGGAGGAGGAGCUGGAGGAGGCGCAGGAGGAGGAGCGGGGAGAGCAGCGGGAGGAGCAGGAAGAGGAGCGGGGAGAGCAGCAGGAGGAGCAGGAGCAUCGAGAGGAGGAGGAGCAGGAGGAGGAGCGGGGAGAGCAGCGGGAGGAGCAGGAGCAGCGAGAGGGGGAGCGGGAGCAGCAGCGCGAGGAGCGGGGCCCAGGCGGGCCGGCAGUGUGGACUCCGGCCGUCGGGGAGGAGCCGCCCCCCGGAGCAAGGACCCCCCCCGGCGCUCCAUCCAGGGCUUUGGGCAGGGGCUCCGGUGCAGGAGGAGGAGACGCGCGCGGGGCCCGGGCAGGCGCGGGCGGGGAGCCCCCGGGUGCGGCCAUGGGUGGUCCCGGGACCGCCCGCCGGGAGCCCGUGUGUCCCCCUUCACAGUGCAGGCAGAACGAGGAGUCCGUGACUCUGCUGGUGCAGGUGCCUCGGAUCCAGCCGCAGAGUCUCCACGGGGACCUGAGCCCCCUCGGGUACCAGUUGCGCUUCUCCACCCGAGACUCGGCUUCCUACGCCUUGGUUCUGCGCUUUGCUCCGGAAAACACGUUGGGCCCCCGGGAGCCCGUGGUCAGCGUGUCCCUCGACAACGCGGUGAUAGAGCUGGCCAAGGCUCCAGAGUGCCGCGGGCACUGGACGGCCUGGUGGUACGGCUUAAACAGCGAUUCUUUGGAGGAAAGGUUGUUUGUCAAUGAAGAAAAUGUUAAUAAAGUUCUUGAAGAGGUCCUGAGUUUCCCAUCCACACAGACAGAGCCCCUAAUUCCACCAUUAAUCGAAGUUCUUCAGGUCACUGAGAGCAAGAUUCAAAUUCACGCAAAGUUGCAAGAAUGUAGUAACUCUGAGCAGCUUCAUGACAACGAAAGAGUCAAUGAAGGAAGUCACCUAACUGAAAAGGAAAGUACAGAACAUCCUCCCACCUCAGCGGCUGAUUCUGAUUCAUCUAGAGCACAAGUGCUGGAAACAGACAGCUGUGGUUCAGCUGCACGCUUGCAACAAGAGUCUCUUGGUAUUUCUCAAAUGCUAUUUGGAAAGUCUCAGCAACCCGAGUCAAAAAAGGAACCUGAAUUUAUAAGACAAAAAGGUGUUCUUUACUCAAAUGAGGAAAAAGAUAAUUUAAAAGAACCAGUAAUAACUGAAGAGGAAGAGUUAGAUCACCUAUCUUCAUUAGUGAACAAAACUACAUUUCACGAUAGAUCUGGUUUUGACCACAUAAAGGAAACCAAUAUGCAGGAUGGUAGUGUGCAGAUUAUUAACGAUCAUGUGACUCACUGUGCAUUCAGUUUUCAGAAUUCUCUGCUAUAUGACUUGGAUUAAUUCUAUAUAAUUUUAGAAUUUAUAAAAAAGUUUUGGACUUACAUUAGAUUCUUUCUGUUAACUACUAUCUUAAAACUAAAGGUAUUCAAGAAAGUAUAAAAUUACAAUUUGCAAUUUUGAUUCUAAUGGGGAAGUUGGAGAUAUUUUUUUGCAUGUAGAGUUUAUACAAAGCUUCCUUAAUUAUGGGGAUAAGUUUUGUGAUUCCUCUGAAAGAUGUGAAUUUUUCCUAAUGGGGAGUUAAACAUUUAGUGUUAAUACAACCUAUAUAUAUUUACUUCUGUGUUGAUUUUGGCUUCUUUUAUUUACCAUUAUUUUAAUAAAAUUUCAAAAUAAAUAUUCA